AUGAGCGACGCCCCUUCCGCAUCCAAAAGAGCAGAUGCUGCGAAUGGGAAAGGCUCCGAAGCCAAGAAAAAGUUUGAAGUAAAAAAAUGGAACGCCGUCGCACUCUGGGCCUGGGACAUUGUUGUUGAUAACUGCGCCAUCUGCCGUAAUCACAUCAUGGACUUGUGCAUAGAAUGUCAAGCCAAUCAAGCCUCCGCCACCAGCGAAGAAUGCACAGUGGCAUGGGGAAUUUGCAAUCAUGCAUUCCAUUUCCACUGCAUCUCUCGAUGGCUCAAGGCUAGAUCAGUCUGCCCUCUUGAUAACCGUGACUGGGAGUUCCAGAAAUAUGGCCGAUGA